UAGUCUUAUCCGGGGCUAAUAUUCUAAGAUUAUUCCCUCACCUAUGAGAACCCUAGCUAAUUACGAUUUACAAGAGAAAGAUAAAGGCAAUUUGCAAAGCAUUUUUUUUUCUUUUUUGGUGCUUAAAGUAAUUCUUUUACAACCAAAAAGAAAAGAUGGUGAAGAAGAGCUGUCGGUUUCACCUUUAACUUUAUCUUUGCCGCUUCUUUUUCAAUCUCAAACAGUGUCUUUAGCACUUCUUCCAAGCAGUUGGUUUAGUGCCUCGAUCACUGCACGCAUUGCACCCCAAUUAGUACUAUCUUUUUUCACUCAACACUCGAAUAUACCUUAAGUACUAACAUCAUAACUCAUUAUUCACAGUUCACACUUUGAAAACCAAAGCUCCAUACGACCAAAAAAAACAAAAAAAGAAAACCAAAGCUCCAAGCCUCCAAUUCCUGUGCUAUUCUCUUAUCCCAACUAUAUCUAUUCAAAGAAAGCCAUUGCAUACAGAAACUAGAAACGAACCCCAGACAAGACAAAAUCUUCAUUCAAAGAAAGCCAAUAAAUUAUGAUGGAGAUAUUGUCACAAAUGUGGUCAUUCCUCGGACUCCUGACGGUCCUUCAGAACAUCUUGCCCACGCAACUGCUCUCCGUCCUCCACUCCUUCUACGAGUCCCUCCAAGACUUCUUCUCCCCUUACUAUUAUUUCGAGAUCCCCGAAUUCAACGGCUGCAGCGGGGUCGAUUUCAACGACCUCUAUCGCCAAGCCAACUUCUACCUCAACUCCGUCAACCCUUCCGCCACCUGCCGGCGUCUCAUACUCGCUCGCUCUAAGUCCUCCAAAUGCAUCUCCUUCACUGUGGCUCCCAACCACACAAUCCACGACACGUUCAACGGCCACAACCUCUCAUGGACUCACCAUGUGGAGACGUUGCAGGACACUCUCGAGGAUAAGCGCAGCUUCACUCUCAAGCUUCCUAAGCGCCAUCGCCAGACCCUCCUCAAGUCCUACCUUGAUCAUGUAAGUUCAAAGGCUGAGGAGUUUGUGCGUGUGUCACGUGAAAGGAGGCUUUUCACCAAUAAUGGGCACGGGUCCUGCGAGUCAGGCUGGGUAUCUGUCCCAUUUCGCCACCCCUCUACGUUUGACACGCUGGCUCUUGAGCCAGAACUGAAGAAGCAAAUAAUGGAAGACCUCACAGCUUUUGCGAGCGGGAGAGAAUUCUACCACAGGGUAGGACGUGCAUGGAAAAGAGGAUACUUGCUCUAUGGGCCUCCUGGGUCUGGCAAGUCUAGCUUGAUCGCCGCCAUGGCAAACUAUCUUUGUUACGAUGUUUACGAUUUGGAGCUCACUAAAGUGACAGACAACUCUGAGUUGAGGGCUCUGCUGAUUCAGACCACCAAUUGUUCCAUCAUUGUGAUCGAGGACAUAGAUUGUUCCCUUGAUCUAACGAUGGACAGACUGUCAAAGAGAUCAUCACGUUCACGGCCAAAGCCAUCCGUGGCGAUGAAGGGAGAUGCUGAUAAAGAGAAUGGAAGAGUGACGUUAUCAGGGCUCUUGAACUUCACUGAUGGAUUGUGGUCUUGUUGCGGAGAGGAAAAAAUCAUAGUUUUCACCACCAACCACAGGGACAACGUGGAUCCAGCUCUGGUUAGGUGCGGUCGCAUGGAUAUGCAUGUCAGCCUGGGUAGGUGUGGGAUGCAUGCCUUCAGGGUUCUGGCUAGGAACUAUCUCAACCUCGACUACCACCCCUUGUUUCAAGUGGUUGAGAGUUGCAUAAACUCUGGUGGGUCCUUAACUCCAGCUCAGAUAGGGGAGGUGCUGUUAAGGAAUAGAGGGCAACCUGACGUAGCUCUGAAAGAGGUGGUGUCUGCGAUGCAGUUGCAGACACAGAAUCAAGGCUGUGGUGAGGCUGACUACGACGAGAUAAUGAUGACUAGGUCGCCGGAGAGCUCGUUGGCUAUGAGGUCGCCAGAGCGAUGGGACGCAUCUUCUUUGAAAGUUGGGGUAAACGGGAAAAAGAAGAAAGAAGGGUCCAAUGGAGAGAAGAAGGUUAAAUUCUUGGUGAGAUUAAGGUCUUUGACCAAGUCUGACAAAAGAGUCUCUUCUGAGCGAUUGGAAUGA